UGGCUGCCCUAACUCCCCCUUGCCAUGGCUAAAGGCAAAUGGGUGGAGUUGCUCUUAUAGUCGUCUCAUUAUCUUGCUUUACAAAUUACCUGCUUUCAGUUGAACCCCUCUGUGAAGUUACCUGCUUUCAGUUGCAAACAAUUGCCCUCUCUUUAAUGGACGAAGCAGAAGCUCCAAGUCCUCCUCCGUUUCUGGAGGUCAAAUGUCAGAGUUCAGGCAUGAAACGCCGCUUCGCGAGGGGGACAGAGGCAGGUUUUGCAGUCUCACUGAUAAACAAGAAAUUGGGUUUGGGGGACCCACUUGCUGCGCAUAUUGAAGCCUUUAAAGAAGGAGAAGAGCCCAUCAGUUUUGGACCCAGCUCGGCUCUCGUCGAUUAUGGCAAUGGCUGGAGGUUACAGACCGUUUCCCAAGUGGAUUCUUCUGGCAUUGGAGGUGGACAAGGGGUUGGAAGGCCAAUGGCAAUGCCACUUCCUGGUGUAAUGGUUUUGGACUUUAUCUACUGGAAGAUUUGAGUGGGGUUGCUAGACCCGGAAGUUUGUUUAUGUAGUUUUGUUUUUGAGCUUCGGCUCCCUUAGAACCCAAAAAAAAAAAAAUGUGCUUGCACAUUGGAAUGAGUUGGUUUUGUUCUAGAUCUAUUAAUAUUUUCCUUUUAACUUUUUGUUCCAAGAAAAGUAAAUCUACAAUGUAAAAUGUUUUUAACAAGUAUAUCUGUUGAUUUACAGUAAUGUAUUGCCUUUGAGGGGGUGAGAUUGGCCUUUCCUAAGAUUGAAACUUCUCUUUACCAAUUGUUAAUUUAGCUUGUAUUAAUUUAUAUUUCUGUUUUUUUUUUUUUGUU